AUGUCAGUCGAACCGUCUGCAGAAACACUUGUUCACUUCUACGACGAACUUACAGAAGCUCAGGCAUCUAUUCCGACACGGAGUUACAAGGAAUUUCUCAUCAAAUGGGGCUAUGAUCCUGAGCAAGCAGAUCGAUUGUGCAGUCGCUUAGAUAAGGGAACUGGAGUUAUUCACAGAAAGGAUCUAUGUAAGCCAAAUGAAAUCCCAUGCAAUACACUGCCUGCACUUCGGGAUAUCCAGAUCCUCAAUUCAGACAUGAAUCAGAAGCAGGCAGAAUCAAUCAUGCUCUACGUCGUGGAUGUUAUCAAGAGGAAAAAAUCCAAAAAGGACCAAUUGGAGGACUUGAAGAAGCGACUGGAAGACGUGUAUGGAAAAGGAUGGAACUGCUACAUGACUGAUGGCAAAUUUUACUCCGUCUGUUCUCACGAAGCCGGUACCAGCCUUGUCUUUCUCCUAAACGAUAUGGUUUAUGGCGUGUUCCGCACACCCUACACGAGCAAGCACUAA